UUCCAAAUUCGUGCUCCGUCUGUAUUUCCUCUUGUCCCGCCUUCAUUCAAGUUUGGCCAGCUAGGCUCAGCGCCUCACUCUCUAUCCACCCUGUUCUCCCUCUGCAUCUGUGUGAACUUUUCCCGCACCUCGGGAUACCAUGUUCAUUGAUGACACCGAAAUGGCCUUUAGGGGCCGGUGGGCCUACCACCUUGACUCCUCCAUCACCAACACAUAUAAUUCGUUCCACGCCACAAACCACUCCGGGGACACCGCGUGGUUCAAUUUCACAGGUGACCCAUUCUUCCACAGAAGUGUUGGUUCUAGUCAUUGACUAUUCAACUUUGGCUCCUGUCUCUGUUUCUUUAGGCACCGCGGUAGAGAUCUAUGGGUUCAAGGAACGUAACAGCCUUCGGAAUGGUAACUUCAGUGUCACCGUGGAUGGCAAGUGGAUGUUCAUCAGCAGCUCAGACAGGAAUGCACUUGAUUUAUUCUCAGGGAAACCUUCGCCCAAACGUUCCCCACCAACUCCUUCUGACAAACCUCUUGGAAGGCCAACUCUUAACAAUUUGUUUCGCCAACAUCACCGUGCCAACCCCCCGACCCCCAGUGACAGUGCGAAUCAUAAUCACCACGUGGGCUUAGCGGCUGGAACCCUCAUAGCUAUCAGCCUUGUUGCUGCUUUCUCGGGUCUACUUCUCCUAGGCCUCAUCUUCUUCGCUCUCUUCCGCAGACGGAAAGAUCGGGGAAGAAGAGAAAACCAACUACGUUACUCGCGCUCCCACACUACAUUGAAUCAAGCACCCAUCCGACCCGAACCCCAGCUUGAUCGACCCUCAAUCUCACUCCCUCAUCCUCUUCGUCCAACCCAGUCCUUCGAUCGUCCCUCCCCAAUACGGAUUCGACCAUUGGGUCCAAGGUCUAGAUCAUUGGACAUGACGGAUGGCUCGGCACAGCAAACGCGGGACGGGUCUUCUGAAGAUGACCGAGCACUAGGUCGAAGUUUAGACACUCGGUCACUAGAUUCGUUACCGCGGAUCCUGCCAGGAGACAAUCCUUUCUUUGGUGGGUUGCAGCUUGCAUCGGGGCCCCCAAGUUCAUGGAGAAGUCGGGGGAGAGGGGAUAAUGGAAGCCGAGAGAGGUUGUCCUCAAAUGCUUCGUCUUUGUCGGUACAAAGAACACCGCAAGAUGAAACUCAGAAUUCGAUACCCUUGGGUCGUACGUAA